GUUGUACGCUGUUGUGGUUGUUGAGAUUGCGUAGCAUUGCAGGGCAGACAGACAGGCAUCAAACUAGAGGCUGCAGCUGCUUCUCUAUAAUACAACACUUUCUCUUUCUUUCUUUCAUUCCAUCAUCAAAUCUCUUAUCUUUUCCCUUCUACUUUUUCUUUCUGUUGGUGUCUUUUUAUGCGGAUUUGCCUCGGGAUUCUCCUAGUUGAAAAAGAAUUUAUUUCACUCUGGCCGCUAUAACACAAUCAAACUAUUCUCGCACCUCUAAAAAGGUGUGGGGUGAUGAAGGAGGAGUGAUUUCCCUCUUCGUUUUACGUAGAACAAAGGCAUCAGACAUAUGGAGAUUGUGCCGUGUUUCAGUUGGAUUGUCCGUUGAUUAUGGCUAAGAGUGGCUUUUGAUUUGUCCCCAGAAGCACUCUCGCAACAAUAGUAGCAAAUAUACGGUAUUUGGUUCGGCUUCUGGAAAAUUGAUGAACAGCAUAGAUUAUUGUUGGUAGUGGUUUUUCUGCGUCAAAGGAAGUUUUAUGUUUAAAUGUAGCUCUCAACAUCGUUGCAGCGAUGUUUAAAUUUUCUUGUUUCUAUAUUAAAUCCCAAGGCAACAAGACAAAGAAAUUAGCUCAACCUUCAACUGAAGCAAUGGCAAAAGCUUUGCGAGAUAGUUCCAAAAAUCCAGUCGGUAAAGAUUCGCCUAUCCCUACAGGCUUAAAUUCAUCAGUUUCAAAACAGCAACCACGUAAACUAAUGAAUGUCUCUGAGAAUGAUAUUCUCGACCAGGUUUCAGUUGAGCACAUUGGUAGAUUAGAGGAUUUCAAUAGUAAGUUUUGCAUUGAAUUCGACAAAAAAGUUCGCCAAACUGGGCGUAUGAGGAAAAGUCAGUCGGAAAGUGUGCUUUUUCAAGGCAUAACCGAGGGUGAUCAAGAUCUGGGGUUUUCCAAAAGCCGCUACGACUCACCAAAUUCAAAUGGCAGCUCUAAUGAUCAAUCCAAAACGAUUUCCAGCUUUGGGUUUCAAGUCAUCCCUAGCUGUGACAAUCAAGGCUCACUUUUUUCAAUAGGAGAUCGGACACCUUCCGAUAAAGAUGCUCGUGAAAAUUCUGAUACUCCACUUUCAGGCGAUCUUGGCGGUGGCUCUGCUUACCAGACUUCUGGUCCCAGUACGCCAACUUUAAGGAAGUCACGUUCUUUGCCAAAUAUCAAAGCUUCUACGCUUUCUUCCGCAAAUAACCAUGCUUUUAAACAUGCAUCUUCAAUUUCAAGAUCUUCUGAUGAUCUCUGUGCUUUAGGCUUAAGGAAGAAAGAGGUGUUCAUCAAUGUGUCUUAUGAUCAAAUAGGGGAAACUCAAGAAAGAGAAAGUGGCAUGGAAAAAACUGAAGAUAAUCAUAUGGACAGAUACUUUGAUGGUUUUGAUUCUCAUCUACUUUCCGGCUUACAAAAGGACUGGACAAUGCCAAUUACAGAUGAUAUAAGUGAUGCCGAACCCCUUCAAGGAGAUUCCUCGAGUGAAUUUCCUAACAAGGAUUUUAAUGUUAAGCGGAUUGAGGAUUGGGUGAUCGGUCUGCAGCAUUGUGGACCUCCUCUCGAGGAUAUAACUGAAUUGCCUGAAUCUGUUGAUCCUAAAGUUGAUAUUAACACCGCAAAUGCUGCCGUGGCUGCCUCAGUUGUGGAUCAUAAGAUCACUCCAGGAAUGGAAACAGCUAAAAGAUAUAUAUCUUCUUUAACUGCGAAUGCCACUGCAGCUCAGCUGGCAAAUCAUGGGUUGUCUGUGAUCCCCUUUUUGAGUGCAUUUGUGAGUUUGAAGGUGCUCAAUUUGUCUGGAAACGCAAUCGUAAGGAUAACUGCUGGCACUCUUCCUCGAGGACUUCACACAUUAAAUUUGUCAAAAAACAAUAUCUCCACUAUAGAGGGAUUACGUGAACUUACUCGGCUUCGUGUCCUAGACCUCAGCUACAACCGUAUACUAAGAAUUGGACACGGUCUGGCGUCCUGUUCUUCUCUAAAGGAGCUGUACCUGGCUGGAAACAAGAUUGGUGAAGUCGAGGGUCUGCACCGCCUGUUGAAACUAAGUAUCCUGGAUAUCCGUUUUAACAAGAUUUCAACUGCAAAAUGUCUUGGACAACUUGCAGCCAACUAUAAUUCUUUGCUAGCCAUCAACUUGGAAGGGAACCCUUGCCAGAAAAAUGUUGGUGAUGAACAAAUUAAGAAAUAUCUGCAAAGCCUUCUUCCUCAUCUUGUCUACUACAAUCGGCAGCCAUUCAAAGCAAAUGGUUUGAAGGACGGUGGGGAUCGUGCAGUUCGAUUAGGAAUGAAUUCACAACAGUUUGAUCGCAAUCUUAGAGUCGAUCGCAAGUCUACAAGGAAGGGGCCAUCAUCUACUCGAAGGUCAUCUGCUGUGUCCUCACCAAAACUGUCCAAAGGAAAGCAAGCCCAGCUCCCACCAAUCAGAACCAAAACAUCAACCCAAAGUCGCCAUCAUUUUGAUUCUCCCAGCAAACCAUUGAACUUGAAUUCAGGACACUUCAUGCGCAAGAGUCGCAGCGAGAGUACUCUUCUUGGAGCUUUGUAAGAGGUUAUUGCAUUGCAAAUUGAUUCGUUUGGUGGCCAUGCGUCUAUUUACAUUGGUUAUUCGUAUUCAUCUCAUGUUUUGUUCUUAAUUUUACUGCACUGGAACUUUAAAACAUUUGAUUCUGAGUUGUAGUUUGUUGCCCAAUAAGUUGGCUUUAUGCUUCUGUAUUUUCUAUUUCAUUAUUGUCUGUGUGAAUCAAAUUGUUCUAAACAUCAUUGUCAAUUUGUUUACAAAGUUUUGUUCAAUGCAA